AUGGAUUUUCCACUCUUGAAUUGUUCUUUUAAGCUUAGGAGGAAUGGAGUAGGAGGACUGAGGGAUGAGGAAGCUGAUCCCGAGAUAGAGGAGAUGUGGGACACAGUUGCGGGUGGUGAUUCUGAGGAGGAUCAAGAUGGCGUUAGGACCAUCUAUGUUGAUAACUUCAUUGAUGACAGUGGUGUCGAUCCUGCUCAUCGAUAUGGAAGUGAUAAUGAAAACUCUCCAAGUCAUGCUCCCCAGGCUAAAGAAGGAGAAGAAGAUGCAGACAUAAAUGAGCUCUUCAAAAUUGGCAAGAAAAGAAAGAAAACUGAAAAAAGUGCUGCCGAGGUUGCUCUCCUUGUUGAAAGUGUUAUGGCAGAACUGGAGGUGGUUGCUGAGGAAGAUGCCGAACUUAAUCAAAAACAACUCCAGCAAGAAUUUUUGGAUCAUGGAGUUUUGACUCUCCUGAAGAACUGGCUUGAGCCUCUACCUGAUGGGAGUUUGCCAAACAUCAACAUCUGUUCUGCAGUUCUCAGGAUUCUGUUUGAUCUUCCAAUUGAUUUGGAUCAGUUUGGUCGAAGAGAACAAUUAAAGAAAAGUGGCCUUGGAAAGGUCAUUAUGUUUUUGUCGAAAUCGGAUGAGGAGACUACAGGCAACCGAAAACUUGCUAAAGAAUUGGUUGGCAAAUGGAGCCGUCUAAUUUUCAACAAGAGCACAAGGUUUGAGGAGAUGAAGAACUUUGACGAUGAAAGAGUUAUGAGGCGGCCUCCUGUCAAAAGGGUGAUGAGCAAAGGAUCAGGAAUGCCAUCUGCAGACUGUGACAUUGAUUUAUCAAAAGAAUCUCCAAAGUAUGGGGUAAAAUCUGGCCUGUCAUCUUCUAAUCAGCAUGCUUCUAGACCAGAAGCAAUGUCAAUGGAUUUUUUGGUUCGUCCUCAGUCCAAGGUUGAUCCAGAUAAAGUGAGAGCUCGGGCUAAACAAGUGGUACAAGAUCAGCAUCGUGCGAAGAUGAACAAGAAGCUGCAGCAGCAGUUGAAAGGGCCAAAGAGAAAGCAGCUACAGGCUACAAAGCUGAGUGUUGAAGGUGGUGGUAUGGUGAAAUAUCUGUAG